AUGAUCCCCCCACGUCUCCCCCUCCCCCUCACUCGCCCAUUCACCACUUCACCUCAUUCACAUAAAUCACCUUUAUUCGACAUAUCAGUCACUCCUUACUCUCCAUCUCCAUCCCAAUCUCCACCAAAACACCUCAGACUCGUCAUAUUCGGCAAACCAGGUUCAGGCAAAGGAACUCUCUCAACACGUCUUACUUCUCUCUUCCCACUUCAAUUCCUAUCAACAGGCGACUCCCUCCGUCGACACAUAUCCCUUCGCACACCUCUGGGCAUACACGCAGAAGCCCUCGUCGCUUCAGGCCAGUUCCUUCCAGAUCGGACAAUGCUCCAGGUCGUCCUCUCAGAACUAGACACACUUCCUUCCCCUAACUGGGUAUUGGACGGCUUUCCACGCACAGUAGAGCAAGCGAAGAUGCUCGACCGUCAUCUUCUACACACUCGCCAGCCCCUCACCCUCGUAGUGCAUCUCGACGUUCCGGACGAGACGAUCCUCUCCCGUAUCCGGGACAGGUGGGUACACGCACCAUCAGGAAGAGUGUACAACCUCGGGUAUAACCCGCCGCGUGUACCUGGGAAGGACGACCAUACGGGUGAAGGACUGCAGAAGAGGGCGGAUGAUGAUCCGGCUGUGUUUGGCAGGAGGCUACAGGUGUAUGAGAGGGAGACUAGGCCGGUGUUGGAUUACUACCUGAGGGCGGAGGGGGCAGAGGCAGGGACGAGAGUCGUCAGUUUGACAGGGGAGACGAGUGACGAGAUUUGGCCGGGGUUGGAGAGGGAGGUUAGGGCGCUUGGAUGGGGGGAGGAGAGGGAGCCGCCAACGGCGACCACGACCACGACGGUGGCGACGGCGAAGGGGACGGCGAGGCAGAGGGUAGAGGAAGUUUGGAAAGCGAAGGACACGAAGGAGGACGAGCGUCGUCCUGCACAUGACGCUUGA